AUGGGUUGCUCGAUCUCCUCCUGGCUGCUCGGCGCGGCGCUGCUGGCGACGGCGGACGGCCUGGUGGCGUCGCCGCGGUACGCACCGCAGCUGCGUACUCCUCCGGCCGCGCUCGCCCACGUGGCUGCUGUGCACUUGGCGCCGGCGGCUCGGCCUGUGGCGUUGGCUCGGCCUGUGGCGGCUGCGCGUGGCGCGGAGGUCCGGAUGGCGGUCAAGGAGAGCGUGACGCGCUCGGCGGUCAAGGCGAUCGGGUGGCGCUUCACCGCCGGCAUCGUCACCGCCAUCACCUCGUACUUUUUCACAAAGUCGCUCGCGGCGGCCGCGGCGAUCGUCGGCUGGGACCUCUGCUCCAAGUCGGUGACGAUGUUCAUCGGCGAGCGGCUGUGGAACAAGUCGGACUGGGGCAAGGACACCGCCGCGAAGGGCGCCGACGAUGCGAAGCG